AUGGCUUCCAAACUCCUCCGUAUCAACCGCAACGUUUUCCUCGCAGCACGACCAACAGCUCGCAUCACAUCGCAAAGAGCACCGCUCAAGAACAACAUCAACGACCUGAGCAACCACCGCGCUUUCACAACAACACGCAUCAUGUCUGUCCAGGUCGACUCCAACUUCAUCUCGCAGAUCACCGCUGCCGAGAAGAAGAUCACCGGCAAGGACGAGCCACACAAGGGCGGCCCUACCGCGAAAGCCCAACAGCACGUUGGCCAGAACCUCACCGCACAAGUCAUCCACGACAUCACCGAGGGCGAGAAGGUCCUCACCGGCUCCGAUGAGGUCAUGAAAGGAGGUCCUACAUCCAUCGCUCAGUCUGCUCUUACAGCCGGCUCAGCUCCGUCCAACAACAAUAACAACAACACUGGCGCCAACACUUCCAACGCAUCCGGAAAGCUAGACUCGUCGACGCUGAGCAAGAUCACCGAUGCCGAGAAGAAGUUGACGGGUGAGGAUGGUCCCGUACCUGGAGGUCCCACUGCGCAGGCGCAGAGUCACGCCAAAGAGCCCAUCACCAGCGAGGCGCUGCACGACAUUACUGAGGGAGAAAAGAAGGUUACUGGUGGAGAGCGUGUCAAGGGCGGGCCUACGUCGACUGCUCAGUCUGAGCUCGCGAAGAGCAGGUCAUAA